CAAGAGUUCUGCUUUUGGUAAGCAUGUGCGGCUCUUAUCCAAAGCUGGGCCAGACUCUGGUCCGGUUAGGCUUUCCCGUUGGAUCUCUGACAUGGAGGAAAUGCUGUCAUUCAGGGACGUGGCCAUUGACUUCUCUGCAGAAGAGAGAGAAUGCCUGGAGCCUGCUCAGUGGAAUCUGUACAGGGACGUGAUGCUGGAGAACUACAGCAACCUUGUGUUCGUGGGUCUUGCUGUCGCUAAGCCAUACUUGGUAACAUUUCUGGAGCAAAACCAAGGAUCUUCAGGUGUGAAAAGACAAGCAUCAACCUCUAAUCCUCCAGGAACAACAAGCAAUGAAUUUAACAAUCACAGCGAGGCCAUUGAUCACAGCUCUCUAAGUAUUCAAUGCCAGAGGAUUCACACAGGAGAGGAACCUCACUACUUUGAAGAAUGUGGUAAGGCCCUUAGUUCUCAGGCAACACUUUCUAUACGCCACAGACGUUAUAUUGGAGACAAACCCUACAAGUGUAAAGAAUGUCAUAAGACACUUAGCAGUCGUUCAUCGCUUUUGAUACACCAGAAAUACCAUACUGAUGAGAAAACUUACAAGUGUGAAAAGUGUGGCAAACAGUUUUUGCGUUCUUCACAUCUUCAGCAUCAUCAAAAAAUUCAUACUGGAGAGAAGCCAUACAAAUGUGAGGAAUGUCACAAAGCCUUUCUUCAUCACUCAUAUCUUAGGAAACACCAGGCAGUUCAUACUGGAGAGAAACCCUACAAGUGUGAAGAAUGUGGAAAUUCAUUUUACUAUCCGGCAAUGCUGAAGCAACAUCAAAGAAUUCAUUCUGGAGAGAAACCUGACAAGUGUGAAGAGUGUGGAAAAGUCUUUUCUUCUGCUUUCUUCCUUAACCAACAUAAAGGAAUUGAUUCCAGAGAGAAAAGGUACAAGUGUCAAGAAUGUGGCAAAUCUUUUUGCUAUCGUUCAUAUCUUAGGGAACAUUACAGAAGGCAUUCUGGAGAGUAUCCCUACAAGUGUGAAGAAUGUGGCAAAGGGUUUUCCCGUUCUUCAAAGCUUCAGGAACAUCAAACAAUUCAUACUGGAGUCAAACCAUACAAUUGUGAAGAAUGUGGCAAAUGUUUUUCAUCUCUUACAUCCCUUAAAAGACAUCAGAUCAUCCAUUCUGAAGACACUCCCCAUGAGUGUGUAGAAUGUGGCAAAAGGUUUUCUAGUUCUUCCCGCCUUCAGGAGCAUCAAAAAGUUCAUACUGAAGAGAAACCAUACAAAUGUGAGGAGUGUCACAAAGCCUUUCUUUAUCACUCGUUUCUUAGGAGACACCAGGCAGUUCAUACUAGAGAGAAACCUUACAAGUGUGAGGAGUGUGGGAAAUGUUAUACCUCUUUUACGUCCCUGAAAAGACAUCAAACAAUCCAUUCUGUAGAUACUCCCCAUGAGUGGGUAUAAUGUUGCAAAAGAUUUGCUUCUACAUGCCUUUAAGUACAUCAAAAAAUCAUACUGAAGAGAAACCAUACAAAGGAGAAGACUGUCACAGAGUUUUUAUCACUCAUUUCUUAGGAGACAUCAGGCAGUUCACACCAGAGAGAAACCCUUCAGUGAAGAGUGUGGCAGAUGGUUUUCAUUUUCUUCAGUCCUUAGUUAACAUCAGUUAAUUCAUUGUGAAGACAGUCCCUACACGUGUGGGGAAUGUGGCAGAGCCUUGUCUACAGUGUCUACCCUUAAGAAACACAAGUUUGUUUAUUCUCUAGAGAAACUGUCGAAGUAGGAACAGUGUGGGAAAGCCUUGUCUUCUAAUUCUUCCCUGAUUUAAGGUUAAGUCAUUUAAAUCAGUGAGUGUUUUAAGGUGACAUCACACUGCAGUGAAAUGUUACCAGUGGGAAGAAUGUAGGAAAAAGCUCUACUUCACAACUGAAGAAACAGAAGGCAAUACAGUGUCAAGAGAAAGCAUAGAAACAUGCUGGGUGGGGAAGAGCCUUUUCCAUUGACUGUUACCAGUACAAAGUGGUUCACCACAAAUGUGGGCAGUGUGGCAAAAUGUUUUAUUCUAGAACUUAAAUUCCAAAAUACUCAUACUGGAGACAAAGCAUACAAGUGUGAAGAGUGUCUCCUUGUAUCACCUUAUCACACUAAGUUAAUUAUUUGAAAUGUUAAGUAUCUAAUAUUCACGAGCACAAACGUUAAGAAUAUGGUCAGGUGACAGUAUAAACAUAUCUUUGAUGUAAUCUCCUCACUACUCUCUAAACCAGUGGGUUUGGAAAAUACCUUGAUUGAUAAAUGUCUUUCUUCUGCAACUGUCAGUGUACCAUGAAACGGUUAUAAAUCGUUUGGGUGACCUGAAUCUGAGUACUGGGCCAUGGUUACUUACUGUUGAUUGCCCAGUGAGGACACCCGCGCACCUGUGACAAUGUCUCUCAUUGGUUUUGUAGGAAGCUCCAUAGACUCACCAAGUUUGACUUGGAUGAAAUGACCUGCAUUGGUCACAACCUGCCUGAGGUGAAUGAGAAUUAGUGUUUGUCUCCCCAGUAAACCCCUAAAGAAGAGACAGUCAGUUGUGUUUGGUUCCAGAAUAAAGAAUCUCUGAUCUGCUUUAAGUUCAGAAAGCAUUUAUUGUUUGCAUGCAUGUGCGUGUGCAUGUGUGUGUGUGUGUGUGUGUGUGUGUGUGUGUCUUCAUCAUUGUCAUAGCAAACUCUCAUACUGUAAUAAGGCCAAAAGCCAAAUGCACUCACUGAGCAGAGAUGAUAGAUUUGAUUAUUGUUGGGACCUAGGUAAAAUAUCAAAGCCUAGAUGGAAUGUUAAGGCCUGGUAAUAUGUUAAGAGUUACGUAAUGUAUCAUAGGGAAACUUUAUCAUAUGUUUCUGCUGUUACUAGGAAACUUUCUAACAUGCAAUUGAUGAAAUAUUCUGUUAUAUUCUCUGCCUUUGGAAACUAAUGGCUAUAGAAAUCUGUAGAACUUUUUAUGUAGUUUUCCACAAUAAGCUUGGAUCCGAACCAACCAUCCAACAGUACUUCCUGUGCCUCUUUAUACACUUUUGUGGUAUAAGAUGCUCCUGGGAUGGACCUCAAUGUAAGAGACAUAAAAACUAUUUAAAAUAAGCCUUCUAUUUUGAAUCAUACUUGAGGAACAUUUAAGUUCCCAAGACCUCCCUGGAAACUGACAUCUUACUUGGCAGAAGGAGACAUGUAUGUGGAUAACUGACAUCCUGGUUGCCCAGUUAAGACAUGAAUGUUAGACAAGUCCUGGUAGAUGAGUUAAGGCUUGAGUGUUAGACCAGGUAAGCCCCUGACACAGUGGAAUACCUCAACCAAUGGGAACAGGAUAAGUGCACAACAAAGACAUGUUCCUUAGGAAAUGCCCUUAUCCCUAAAUCCUGAUGGUGAUUGGCACAGAUGUUUGUGGUUUUCAGGCUUAAAGUCUCUGUAACCUCUAAACUCAGUGUCAUGGUUCAUUUCCCAAAUCUAGACUGUAGCCUUGGACAAUCAGUCUUGGGGUAUAUGCACAAUAAACAUCCCCUGUCUAAUUGC